UUCCACAACUAAAAUUUCGAACACUUGCAACGUUUUUCUAAAGUGGGAGAAAGUUGAAGCCUUACUUUCCUUCUUGGUUCUUCUGCAUCAUCUCUCUCCCAAGCUCCAAAAAUUCAACAAAACAAUGGAGUUUAUAGACGAAGAUGCAAGACCCAGAUUUGUAUUCCAAUCUCGCCAAAAUCAAUCUUCACAAACCAAUCAAGAAAACCAACAAAAACCUCUCAACAAACCCUUACUCAUCUUCACCGUAGCUUUAUUUCUUAUGUUCUUGAUUCUUUCCAUUCUUUUCAUCGACACCGAACCUCUCAAAUCAAUCCUAAUCUGGGUCUCAAUUUCCUUCAUAAUUGGUCCAUUUGCGCCAUCAAACAUAACCGGCGGCGACAUUACUGUUGGUCAAGGUCCGAUUGUUGAGCCACUCGAAGAAGAACCCGAAAUUGUUAAUGAAAAAAAGCUGCCAAAGAAGAGAUCAAAACAAGUCAGGUCAGAAGAAAAUUUGGUGGGUUCGAUUCAAAAUGUUGAAUUAACAAAUGGGUCGUUAGUUAAAGAGAAAAAGAUUGAAUCUUUGAAGAAAAUUGAGGGGGAGAGGGAGUGGAAUGAAGAGGAUUUAGUGAUGUUAAAGAAAUUAAUGGCGAAAAAUCCGGUGGGGAAGGCAAGGAGAUGGGAGGUGAUUGCUGAGGCGUUUAAUGGUGGGCAUAAGGUAGAGAGUGUGAUCAAGAUUGCUAAAGAAAUGGGUGAGAGGAAAUGGGAUGAUAAUGAUUCUUAUGCUAGGUUUUUGAAGAAUAGGAAACCGAUCGAUACACGAGUUGAAGCUGAGAUUAAUGGAGUAAUGGGUGAUGAUGGUGAUGUAGUAGGGUGGAGUGGAGGGGAGGAUAUUGCAUUGUUGAAUGCUUUGAAGGCGUUUCCGAAGGACGCGGCAAUGCGGUGGGAGAAGAUUGCUGCGGCAGUUCCGGGGAGAUCGAAGGCUGCUUGUGUCAAAAGAAUGGCUGAGUUGAAAAGGGAUUUUCGAAGCUCGAAGAGUUGAAGGUAGGAGUUUGAGGCAGAGGUGGAGCGGAAAGAGGUGAUAUUUUACAAUUCAUUGCCUUUUUCAUUUCCAAUAUAUUUCGCUUGUUAGGAAAAUUAAUGCGAGUUUUGCACGUUAUGAUCUAAAUUAUAUACUUGUUAUACCUCUUAUAAGAUUAAAAUAAAGUUGGAUAUUUAUCUGGUUA